UUCACUUCAGAUUGUCGUAGUUUGCAGGAUACAUAUAGGUAGAAGAGUGGGAGAGGACGCCCGUACUGAAUGGUUUCCAGCUUGCAGCGCCCCUACUUUAGUGUGGAUUCAAGAGCUUGCAUUUGUCAUCAUCAGUCCUGCAAAGCUGUGCGCAUUGGUAUGAUCAGACCCAGGUUGAGUGUUCCGUUGAGCUAGUUGUUCUGAACGCUCUGCCACAGCUUCACUUGGCUCCAUGUAGGAGCCUUUCGGUGGCAGGUGCUAUUCCUGAGAUGAGGAGCGACUGGAAUGCGACAAGGCUCGUUUAAAUAAAGCAAUUAAGCAAGCGGUCAAGAUAACCUCAAAAAAUUGCAGGAGCAAUGAAAGCUAAGACGCUGCAGAUCCUGUGGCAUGGGAAGGAUCCUGUACUGAGCCUGGACUUCCAUCCGUCAGGCUUGCUUGCUACGGGGGGUGCCGACAAAGACAUUCGGCUGUGGCAACUGGAGAGAGACUCUGAUGGCGCGCCAGUGGCAAGCUUUCAAACAAGCCUCAGUCAUCACAACCUGCCCGUCAACAUCGUGCGCUUUUCACCCACAGGCGAUCAUCUGGCGUCCGGCGGUGAUGGGGGAGAGCUUAUGCUGUGGAAGCUAGUGGUGACGGCAACAGGCUCCUCCAUCUGGAAAGUUGUGGCGGUUCUGAAAAACCAUUCAAAAGACGUGGCAGACUUGUGCUGGUCGCUUGACGGCGCAUCUCUUGUUACCGCCUCGGUCGACAACUCCUGCAUCAUCUGGGACGUUGCAAAGGGCUCCGCCCGGCAGUUUCUGGAGGGCCACCAACACUUCGUCCAGGGGGUGGCUUGGGACCCCCUGGGCCACUUCAUUGUGUCUCAAAGCGCGGACCGCUCGUGCCGAGUGUAUGCGCCCCAGCCUCAGGGCAAGGGCAAGCAGAGCCGCAGGGGGGAGGGGUUUGUGCUGCAGCACACACUGGCCAAACGGGAGACAGCGCCAGGGGCGGCUGUGGCUGUUGAGCCGGCAGGGGAGGGGGAGGCAGGGCCAUCAAAGCCGGGCCCCACCAAGCACCACAUGUUCCAGGACGAGAACAUGCCCUCUUUCUUCCGCCGCCUCGCCUGGUCCCCGGACGGCUCUUUCCUUGUUACUCCCGCAGGUCUCUACAAGCACACAGCUGAAUCUCGAGCCGUCAACACUUCAUACGUCUUCUCCCGCAAAGACUGGUCCAGCCCCGUUAUGCACCUCCCAGGCGCCGGCAAGUCCGUAGUCGCGGUCCGCUUCUGCCCCAGACUCUUCAAACGCCUCCAAAACUUUCCGGCCGUUGAUGGCGCCCCAGAUCUUUCGACAACACUUAAGUUGCCCUACCGGCUGAUCUAUGUGGUCGCUACUUUGGACUCCAUCUUCCUGUAUGAUACGCAGAGGUCAACGCCAAUCGCGCUACUGGCGGGGCUGCAUUACGCAGCAAUCAGCGACGUCGCCUGGUCUGCCGACGCCCAGUACCUGUCAAUCGCGUCUCAGGACGGCUACUGCACCGUUGUGGCAUUUGACGAAGGGGAGCUGGGGGAGGUGGUGCCACUCGAAGAAUUACCAGCCCAUGUUGCGGAGCACUUGCCAGAAGCAUGCCGUUCGCGAGCCGCAGACAGCGCGGCAAAGGAGAGGGAGGAGGCCGCGGCUGGUCCGCGAACAGGAUCCGAGGAGAGGACGCCUAGCCCCGAACAACAGCCACGUGUCGCCACCGCAGCAGGCCACGUUGAGUCCUCCGCCAAGCGUCCUGCCGAGGAGAGACCCGAGGGCGCGGACGCUCCGCCCCAAAAGCAAGCGCGACGAAUCACUCCCGUCGCGAGCGCACCCGCGGAAAAUGUGCUCGACGCGGCCGCGGCCGAUGGGCCGGCACUUGGUGUGAAAACACUCGAGCGCGACUCAAGAGCCGGUGAGAAAGCGCCGCGGCGGAUCACUCCGGUGGCGAGCGCCCCAGUGGUCGAGUCGGCGCUUCUCGGCGGGGUCACCUUAGCGGAAGGGGCCUUUGGAAGCAAUGGGCACACAAUGACGGCAAAAUCUUCCGCAAAGCCUGCCGCAAACGUGCCGCCACCCAAGAGAGUUGUGCCGCUGUCGGUCGUCGAGCUAGCGGGACCUAACCCCGCGGCUUCGCUUAACCCCGUUGUAAGCCCUCAGGCUGUUCCGCUGCCGCCGAAGCGGAUCGCCCCAGUCGCCGUUCCGCCCUUGGACGUAGCGGGUGGACAGGAAGCGAAGAAGCGGCGGAUUACGCCUGUUACGGUGCCGGCUGGGGAAGAAUCAAAGAGCCCCUUGGACGCAGUCAAGCAAACCCCCACGGUUACGAAGCCCCGAAUCCCCGAGCCUGCCAGCCAAACCACCGAAGUUCCAAAACCGGUUAGGCGAAUCACCCCAUCCCCGAGCCCCCCCGUCGAGGACGCCUCCUUGACGACCCCCGUGAAGGGCCGUUCCGCUGACGUCAGCAACGGGAGCCUUGACGUCAGAGAGCGUCAGGCAUCGCCAGCCGCAAAGGCCUCACCGGUUGCCUCUGGAGCCUCUCCUGACGCCAGCGGCGUUCGGAGCGCAAAGCCUAUCCGGCGCAUAAGCCCCUCGCCAUGCAAACCCGUGGCGGGUUUGGAGGAGCUGGCGCGAUCUGCGAGUGUGGAAAUUGCGAGGGCGUUAAGCGUAGAGCCAACCGACAGCAACGAGAAAUAACUGGUUAGCAGAAGUAGCUAAACAUGGCACUCUUUGUCGGAGGUGACCUAUGUGUGCCAGGAGAGCAAAAAUCGGCCCUGGACGACUGCCGGAUACAAGCUGACGUCGUGGCAGGCGCUUCUGCCUUGCUAAUAUGGUGAAGGAGCACUUGCCGCCGUAAAACGAAAUCUGUUGACUGCGCC